CCUUGCUAUAAGUAGCGCGUUCCCCACACAUCCGUAGAAGCGCUGUUCCUUCUGUAUUUCAAAGAAGUUUGAUGAGUGCUUACUGUCUCCAGACGAUUCUUUACGAUGCUCAAAUUGUGUACGACUUAACAAAUCAUACUGCGACGUAAGAGGUCUGACUGCCGAUCAGUUGGAUCAGGUAUCCGCUCAACAUUUCCGAUUAGAAGAUAAGCUUGAAUCUGCUGAGGAUGCCUUAGCCGAACUGGCUGUAAAGUACGAGCGAAUGCGUCGUACCGUUGCGCGGGGUAUCACCGAUUUAGAUAAGUUGGAUAGGGUUGAGCGCGAGGAAGCGGAGGCCGCUCGUCAGGCUGCAACAUUAUUACCUAAUCCGACUGAUCCCGUGACUGCGGGUUCCGCGGUUGACGCUGUUGAUUGGGGCGCUUUUGACCCUUCUUUGCUAGACCUAGACUUCGGUGGAAGUCAUUCACAAGGUCUUUCGAGUGUUCAAGGUCCUCAAUAGUUUGCCAUGAUUUUUCUGUUUCGUCAUAGCCUUUCCAUUUUACCAGGUAUUCAGUUUGUUAGGUGUCUUUGUUAAAUCUUAUUAUUUUAAGCUUCUCAACUUCGUAUUCAAGUUCUUCGCCUUAAAUAAUAAUUUCGUCCCGUAU